AUGAGUGAACAUCAUCAGCAAUCGCAUACAAGUGACAGUCGACAUCAUUUAGCUAUAUGGUGUCGAGCAGAAGUGUUUACGUUUGGUGCGUUGACGACGCCACCACCGCCCGAUAUCACUCCUGCAAGUUUGAAAGCUCUUGUCAAGUACAUGAAGAAAAGCGGAACGGCUGGUUAUCCCAAAAUGAAUUAUAUGCUUUGGCGACAUAUUGCUUGUUCGAAAUUACAUAUGUCUGAAGAAUUAGCAUGGAUGUAUUUCGAAACGUACAGUAUGUUAACCAAUGUUUCAUCACAACGGCGAAUACAAACUGAUAUUCAAACAUCAAAAGCACAUACUCCCACUGAAAUCGAACGACUCAAAGAUUCUCGAAAAGUGGAUAGUUUAGCGUUCAUUCUACUUCUAUUUCUGCAAUCAUUCCAUCAAAUUGAUCUGAAAUCAACACUUUCUCGUGAUGAAUGGCCGAAUCGCAAACGAAACUCGGAUCUCGAUGCUCGAAAGAAUCGCAUUUAUGACGAACAAAGUCAUCAGUUAUUUAUUCAAGCACAUUUAGAUGAUCUAUUAAACAUUGUUGCAGAAACACCAGAAUCAAAUACAAGCGAAAGUGUUCAAUCAGCCACUUUGAAUAUGGAUGCGAUUACAGCUCUCAGUUAUAUAUUCGAAGGUACACUUCAUGAUAAUCUUCGCAAGAUUGUUACAUUCCAUGAAAUCCUUCAAAAUCCAUCGAUUCAACAUGAAAUCGGCGUUAAUAAAUCGAUUGUUCCAUUUAAAAAUCUGUCAAAUCUAAUUCGUCGUUCACUUAUUGCGAAUCCAUUUCAAGUUGGCCAGACCAUGAAACGUGGAACACUUUUACCGUUACCAUUCAACAAUCCUACUCAUGAACAAAGAUCUGGCCGUGUUCUAUGUAAUUCAAAUUUCGCGGAUGAACGACAUCGAUUUGUAUUAAUGACAAUGAUUAAUCGAUCUUUAAGUGAUCAGCAAUCAUCCGAUAUUACUAAUGCAGAAUUUCGUAUACAUCGAUGCAGUUAUUCAUAUAUCUACAUACUUGCUCCAUUACGAUGCGUUGAAGUUCGUAAAUGUCACAAUGUAACAAUCGUUCUUGGUGCUGUUGAAACAACAUUGAAAGUCACCGAUUGUGAAAAUGUUUCCAUAUCUGCUGUAUGUCGUCGAUUACUAAUCAGUCAAUGUCGCUCAUCAUCUUUUUAUAUCCAUACGCCAUCACGACCAUUAAUUCAAUUGAAUUGUGCCGGCUUGUUAUUCGCACCUUACAAUUCCUCUCAUGUGGAAUUACUUGAACAAAUGGAACACAGUGGUCUCUGCAAAGAACUUAAUCUAUGGAAUAAACCAUUAGUAACUCAUCCAGCUGGAUAUGUUGAUGAACAACCAUGGUCAUUGCUUCCACCAGACGAUUUCUAUCCAAUCAGUUCGAUUCGUUUAGAAGAUCAACAAGCAGAUGGUUUACUUCCACUUCCAGCGGAAUAUCAAUCAGCAAUGGAUAAACGACAAAAGUCAAUUUCGACUCUAGCUAAUGAAAUUACGGCUGCUCAAUUGAAUUCGGAACAACGCCAACGUUUUCAACGUUUUGUUGUGUCAAAUUUCGAAGCAUGGCUUGAUGCAACAGGAAAUGCGAAAAUUCUGAAUCAUCUAUCAAGUUUACAACAACAAUAA